GGGAGAAAGAGGACCGCGUGGCGCGGUUACUCGCACUUGACGGAUACACGUGCGCGAUUACUGCAAUCCCGUCUGCAACUACGACGGAGUCGCCGUCUCGCGGACACCGUAACCUCUAAUCGGAGUUGGCCCGCGUUGGUUCGGUUCGUCUCGCCAGCGUUCCCUUCUCGUUCCCGUACCCGUUUUCGUUCUUGUUCCCGUUCCCGUUUCCGUUUCCGUUCCACGCACCUUGUCCUGCGUUCAUUCAAUUCUAGAUUAGCCGCCGUUCCGAUUUCUCGACGAGACCGCCGAAAAACGAAGGAAAUUGUACAAUUUACUUUCGCCACGAGUCUUUGCGACUUUACACCUAUGCACGUACACUAGCUUGGAACGCUGAAACCGGGGAUCGAAAUCAACGAGAUUGCGCCAACAAUUUUUGCAAACGGAGAUUGCCAACCGAAACUUAUCGUGGGCUUACCGAAGAAUAUUCAGCAGAAAAGACUUUUAUCAUCACGACUUCACCACAGCUUCGGAAUGGGAGGUGUUUAUAGCCCGUCUCGAAGAAAUUAUGCACGAAUGGAAAUUGCCCAAUAAGAAAAUUGGUCGUUGUUUAAAGUCUGGCGACUUUGUCAACUGUCAAUGGGAAGAGAAUUUUGAAAAACUUUACUUUGCUGACGCAGAAUUUCUAUUGAAACACUUUCGAUUGAAAUUAGAAGACAAAGAUGAAGAUAAUUAUCUGGAAGACAGCGAGGAAGAAAUAUUGCAGUGUCAUAAGGAUGCGAUGAACACUUUGAACGAUUUCACUAGAGUAGACCAAAUUCAUUUGGAGAUAGCACGUUACUACGGAGUCAGAGAAUUUCUUGUUUUACAAUCUGCUAAAAAAGAAUCUGUUACCGACGAAACCAAAAUUAGAAUCUUGCUUAGCUCGUUAGCGAUCGCAGCUAGUAAUGCAAAUUGCGAUAUAGCUACUUUGGUACAAGUGCAAGAACCGUGGCAAAAAAUGUAUCUGGGAACCAGUAUCGGAAAAGGGAUUUGCACUCAUUUCGACAUGGUACAUUUGAAAAAAAUACCGCCCCACUGCAAAUACCUUACCGGUUUAUUGGCUUUGUUCAAACAGAAAAUUGGAGAAGGUUGCGGAGUAAGACUCGAUCCAGUAACGAUAUCUGCUAGGUUUUCGUAUUUAUUAAAGGAUUGGACCACCAGUACGUGGACUCAAGAACCUCCAGAUUUCGAUUUUAUGCAAGGAGAAACAUUAGGAGUUGCUGAAUUAGGAAAACUGCCGUUUGGAGCUACCUACGAUCCUAUAGCGGAACUUCAUUUAUUUACCACUUGGCCCGAAAUGUCAGAAAACGUGGUAGUCGAUAGCGAAAGUUUUACAGACUUGGAACCACAGCUAGCACCCGAAUGGUCUGUGCAAGUUAAAAUGGUGUCUUCCCCAGUUUGUCUCCUCGGAGAAUAUUUAUCAAACUUUAAAAGUAUAGCAGAUCUGCAAGGUGACCUAAUGAUGUUCCCCCAAAAUGAAGAUCAAUCGCUGAGUUCGGUUUUUAAUAUACUAACCGAAUCUAGAAUACCUACAAUUUCGACGGUAGUUAGCAAAGCGACUGCCAAAAAGAAUAAAAGCGUAGAAGGGCCGAUCCAAGAGGAAAUCUUAUUGUCUUUGUUAUAUUUUCUUUUCCCCGAUGCCGAUGAGAAUUCUAAAGCUGCAUACGGCGACGUGAGUACCUGUAACGUGGACGAAGAUCAGUGGAGAGGAUUAAAAACGUGUGCGAUGGACAGCUUAAUUUGGCGCCUCGCUAUCGUCGCAGCUCAUUGUACGUACAAUCUCGGUGGUGCUGGCGCUUUGGCGCAAUUAUGGUACGAAUUUGUGCAAGAGAUCAGAUUUCGCUGGGAAAGGAGCAUCCUCAUACCUGGAGUUGGUCCAGGAUUUCCGGACACCGUGAGAAGUUGCAUACUGCAUCAGAAGCUGCAGAUGAUGAAUUGCUGCAUCGAAAAGAAAAAGGCUAGGGAGGAAUCGGCGCAUAAAUUUCACAGCCUAGACACCGAUGAUUUCGAGACAGCCGAGUCGGAAGAAGAGGAGUUUUUCGAGUGUACCAGCGAGGAACCAACGAACGAGGAUGAUUCGACGACGAGGAUGCAAACGAAAGCAAAGUAUCUGUUGUGGAAUAAACCCGCGGGCAGAUCGGCCAAACAUCCUACCCUCAAACUGAUCCAAACCGGAGAUUACCUUUAUUUGCCGAUCACGCAAGAUCCUGUUCCUAAAACGGAGGAUCAGGUCGAGGAAGAUGCCCAAGUAAUGAUGCAACUUGGAACCGAUAAAUACGCUUCGGAAAUGCGAGCGAGGCUGAUGAGCGCUUCGCUUCUGUCCGACAUGGAAUCUUUUAAGGCAGCGAAUCCUGGAGCUGUAUUGGAGGACUUCAUUCGUUGGUAUUCUCCAAGGGACUGGAUCGAAGAUGGCGGGACCAACAAUUGGGGUCAAGCUACAGGACACUUAUCUCCCAGAAUGUUGAUACCUAAUAAUCCUUGGACGUCGACGUGGAGUUCGGCGCAACCUGUCCCUGCGCAUCGGCAAAAAAGAUUGUUCGACGACACUAGAGAGGCGGAAAAAGCGUUAUACUUCCUGAGCUCGAAACGGCUGGGUCAAGUCGCGCAGCUUCUUUUGCCAACGUUAACUCACGCUGCGCUCUAUACGCUCGGUCAACAGAAGCAAGAUGCUCUGCCGAAUUUACCGGAGGUCACGCACAACAUACUCAACAAACUGCAGUACGCUACGAAGCCUAUCCACCAGAAGCUACACAUAUACGAGGAAAUCAUCCGAGAUAUAGAAGGUGUGGAAGCUUUGGUUGCCCAAGUUAAUUCCCUGCAACGCAAGUUAGGAGGAAACGACGAGUCCAAAGAAUUUACAUCGUUUCUCGUUCAGCUGAUGCGCGGAAAGGAAGUUGAGGUACCGGAUGGCUCUAGAGGAGACAUUGGCUCGCGAAUAAGCACCAUGUUCAGAGAAGCUCAAAAGGCUGCUUUGGCGAUGACCUCCGUUAACAGCAAUAUAGAAAUGGAUGGACUUGCAGAUGGUAAAUUGAAAACAUUUCCCGAACCCUCGUGUAAAGAGUUCAUUUUACGAAUUGUGACACCGAGACCGUCACCGACCUCGACACCGCAACCGCAAAGAAUGUACGCGUGCCUCAAACGAGACUACAUCCGGUUGGCAGGCUUCUUUUCCGAGGAUACAAUAUUCUUAUAGUCUACAUUCUAAGUUUCGUUCGACACCAUAUACACCAUAUACAUGGUUAUCGAUGCGGUAUCCUAUCUGUUUCGAUGAACUUUUUAUUCUUCAGUUUUCUUCAUUUUCUUCAAUAAAAUAUAUUUAUACGUAAAACAGCGAUAUGCGUAAACAAAAAUACCGGUGAA